CUUUCUAUAUUUUAGGCAUGGUAACGAAAAAUAGUAGAAUUCAAGUAACUUCUUAUAUGAAUUUUACUACAAGAACGUACCGCAAAAGACCGUAAAAAUUGAACGUAAACGCUAAAAGUGCUUAGCACUCACUGAACAUAUCACGAAAAAAUGUUCUCUCAGUUUGCGUAGUUAACAAUGACGGGUGUGUUACCAUUUGUACGCGGCGUAGAUUUUACCGAAAAUGACUUUAGUGAUAAAAAAUUUCCAAAUGCCUUACGGCUGAUGACACGAUUACAAUGGUUAAAUUUGGACAAAACACAAUUGCGAGAAAUUCCUGAAGAAUUAGGGAAUUUGCUUAAGCUGGAACACCUUUCACUAAAGAAUAAUGAUUUGGAAAAACUUUUUGGUGAACUCACUGAGUUGUCAUGCCUGCGUUCUCUGAACCUUAGGCAUAACCGAGUCAAAAGCAGUGGAAUACCACCAGAACUGUUUAGAUUGGAUGAAUUGACCACUCUUGACCUUUCUCAUAAUAAACUUAAAGAAAUUCCUGAGGGUUUGGAGCGUGCAAGCAGUUUACUGGUGCUUAACCUUAGUCAUAAUACUAUCGAAACAAUACCAGCACAAUUGUUCAUUCAUUUAAGGGAUUUGCUUUUCCUGGAUUUAUCACAUAAUCGACUUGAAACAUUACCACCACAAACUCGACGAUUGAUUAAUUUGCAAACCUUACUAUUAGCAGAUAACCCUCUUGAAUUGUUCCAGCUUAGACAAUUGCCCUCAUUGCAAAGUUUGGAAGUUUUAAAUAUGCGUAAUACCCAACGAACAUUAUUAAAUUUUCCAACUACUUUGGAUAGCUUGUCAAAUUUGGCUGAAUUGGACUUGUCACAGAACGCAUUACCAAAAGUGCCCGAUUGUGUUUAUAAUGUGCCUAAUCUUCGAAGGUUAAAUAUGAGUGAUAAUGCGAUAACUGAACUAAGCUCAAGCGUAGAAUUUUGGCAACGACUAGAGGUCCUUAAUCUAUCACGUAAUAAUUUAACAUCGCUGCCGUCAGCACUGUGCAAACUAGUACAACUCAGACGGUUAUUUAUUAAUGAUAAUAAAAUUGAUUUUGAAGGAAUUCCUUCAGGUAUUGGUAAACUUUGCUCUCUAGAGGUUUUUUCUGCCUCAAAUAAUUUAUUAGAAAUGAUUCCUGAAGGUCUAUGUCGUUGCGGAGCUUUAAAAAAAUUAAAUCUAAGUUCCAAUCGUCUCAUAACCCUACCUGAUGCAAUUCAUUUACUUGAUGGUUUAGACCAAUUAGAUUUACGUAAUAAUCCAGAUUUAGUUAUGCCGCCAAAACCUACUGAAAUGACAAAAGGUGCUGGUGUUGAAUACUACAACAUCGACUUCUCAUUACAAACUCAAUUAAGAUUGGCUGGAGCGACAGUACCGUCGUCGGUACCAGCUGCUUCAACUCCAAAAGACUCUACUGCACGUAAAAUACGGUUGCGUCGUGGUCCACGAACUGAAUCGGAUCAAGACUCUGCUAAAAUUCUUAAAGGAAUGAAAGAUGUAGCCAAAGAUAAAGAUGAAAGUGGCCUCAAUUUAUCUUGGAUUGGAGAUUCUGAUGAUAGUCGCCAAGAAUCUUUGAAACCCAAACGUUGGGAUGAAUCACUGGAAAAACCUCAACUGGACUAUUCAAAAUUUUUUGAAAAAGAAGAUGGUCAAUUGCCUGGUCUAACGAUUUGGGAAAUUGAAAAUUUUUUACCAAAUAAAAUUGAAGAAGUUGCGCAUGGUAAAUUUUAUGAAGGCGACUGCUAUAUAAUAUUAAAGACAUGCUACGUUGAUUUGGGACAACUUUCAUGGGAGAUAUAUUUUUGGAUUGGUAAUGAGGCAACAUUAGAUAAACGUGCUUGUGCUGCAAUACAUGCUGUAAACCUAAGAAAUUAUUUAGGAGCGCGUUGUCGCACAAUUCGUGAAGAACAAAAUGACGAGUCUGAGGAAUUUUUAGCUCUCUUCGACACAGAAGUAACGUAUAUUGAAGGUGGGAGAACUGCAACUGGUUUUUACACAAUUGAAGAACUGUUAUAUAACACACGACUUUACCGAGUGCAUGCCGCUGGAUCUUCCAUACAUUUAGAACCUGUAGCAGUUGACUUUAACUCGUUAGAUCCACGAUUUGCAUUUGUACUAGAUUGUGGUGUCAAAAUAUAUAUAUGGCUCGGACGUUGUUCGAAAAAUACUUUAAAUUCAAAAGCUCGUUUAAUGUCAGAAAAAAUAAAUAAAACUGAACGAAAGAAUAAAUGUGAAAUUAUUGUCGAAAUGCAAGGUGAUGAGAGCGAAUCAUUUUGGCUGGAUUUAGGAUGUGACAUCAGUGUAGCAGGAACAGUAAAGAUAUCUCAGCAUGUUGCUAACACAUUUGUUCCUACUACAGCACGGCUCUAUCAGGUACAACUCGGUAUGGGUUAUUUAGAAUUGCCUCAAGUUGAAAUACCGCAACAGAAACUGGUCCAUACUUUGCUUAAUAGCAAAAACGUGUAUAUAUUAGAUUGCUUUGCUGACUUAUUUGUGUGGUUUGGGAAGAAAUCAACGCGAUUAGUUCGGGCGGCUGCUCUAAAGCUAUCGCGAGAGUUAUUCACUAUGAUUAUUCGCCCAGAGUAUGCGCUUGUGACUCGCGUCCAAGAAGGCACUGAAACGCAAAUCUUUAAAUCAAAAUUUACUGGUUGGGAUGAAGUUAUGGCAGUAGAUUUUACACGUACUGCUACUUCUGUAGCUAAAACUGGCGCUGAUUUGAGUAAGUGGGCGCGGAAACAAGAAACGCGUGCUGAUCUGGCGGCUUUGUUUACGCCUCGACAAAAUUCUAUGCCUUUGAGUGAAGCCGAACAGUUAGAGGAAGAUUGGAAUUAUGAUUUGGAAGCAAUGGAAGCGUUUGUAUUAGAAGGUAAAAAGUUUGUCCGUUUACCGGAGGAAGAGUUGGGGCACUUUUUUACAGGAGAAUGUUAUGUAUUUCUCUGUCGUUAUUGUAUACCUUACGAUGAAGAAGACGGAGCUGAAGGUGAUGAAUCUCGUCCUCCACCAGAAGAUGAUAUACAAUGUGUUGUUUAUUUUUGGCAAGGAAGAAAUGCUGGAAAUAUGGGAUGGUUAACAUUCACUUUUACAUUACAGAAGAAAUUUAAAGCUAUGUUCGGAGAAGAAUUGGAAGUUGUGCGCAUACAUCAGCAGCAAGAAAAUUUAAAGUUUAUGGCACAUUUUAAAAGAAAAUUUAUUAUUCACACCGGUAAGCGUAAAGAUAAAUCGAAAACACCUGACGGUAAGGCUGCUGUUGAAUUUUUCCAUUUACGCUCUAAUGGCGGCGCAUUAUGUACCCGCCUUAUACAAAUACAGCCGGAUGCUGUCUAUCUAAACUCAGCUUUUUGUUACAUACUUUUUGUGCCUUUUGAAACCGAGGACGAGUCUCAAUCCGGAAUCGUUUAUGUAUGGUUAGGUUCCAAAUCCAGUGCAGAGGAAACAAAACUUAUACAAGAAAUAGCAGAGGGCAUGUUUAAUAACCCCUGGGUUAGUCUGCAGAUUCUUAAUGAAGGAGAAGAACCAGAAAAUUUCUUCUGGGUGGCUUUAGGUGGUCGCAAAAUAUAUGACACUAAUGCUGAUUAUAUGAAUUAUACACGCCUCUUCCGCUGUUCUAAUGAAAAAGGAUAUUUUACUGUAGCUGAGAAAUGCACAGAUUUCUGUCAAGAUGAUUUAGCAGAUGACGAUAUUAUGAUUUUAGACAAUGGAGAUCAAGUAUUUUUGUGGCUUGGAUCUCGUUGCAGCGAAGUUGAAAUAAAAUUAGCUUAUAAAUCCGCACAAGUCUAUGUACAACAUAUGCGCAUCAAGCAACCCGAGCGAUCGCGAAAACUUCUAAUAUCUAUUAAAAACAACGAAUCGAAACGUUUUACAAAAUGUUUCCAUGGCUGGAGCGCACACAAGACACCGCCAGAAUAAUUAAACUGCGCGGCAAGAAAUGCACAAGCUUUUGCAUGACAAAAAUAAACCCUCAAUGAUACCUGUAUUCCUCCAAUUGCAAUAUUUCUAUUUUAUUGUUUAUUUUCUAUAUUAAACUUUAUAAAAGUAUUUAUCGUUUAUGACCGUACGUAUU